AUGGAGCAGGAUGGGAGCGGUCCCGGUGCGGAGCCGGGUGGGUCCCGCCGGGUCCCGACCCGCACGGCGCCCCGGAGGUCCCGUGCCGCCCCCUCGCGGCCGCCAGGGGGCGCCGCUCCCGCGCGGAGACAGAGAAGGCUCCGCGCCCGCUGCGCAUCCUCAGCGGCCCCGGGAGCACCGGCGGCGAGUACCGGCACCGACCGAGUACCGCGAGCCCCGGCCGGGCCCCGCCUGCCCCUCGGCCGCCGAGCGGGGGGAGCUGUGUCCGCGCUGGGGCGGGGCCGCUGCCCUGCAGGUGAGGAUGAUGGAGAUGUACUGGAGCAGAAGCUGGGAGGCACAUCUUCCAAGCUGGAGCAGUGGCGGCAAAGCCCUCCUGUGUUCUGGUCACGAACUCCUGCGGCCUACGUGCAGUCCUCGCCCAAGUCCUUGCUGGGAGCGCUUGACUUUGAAUUUCCGCGAGUGCCGCAGGAAGGAGUGGAUCGCCGUGCGCUAUCUUUAGAAGGAGGCUGGGAGAGGAGAUGUCCUCAGGAACCCGGGCUGGUUUGUUGUCACUGUCCCUCCAGUCCCUGCAAACGCGGACAUUCAGCCGUGCCCGAGCUGCACACACCCGGGGGAGGGCAGAUCCCGUUAUCCCGCAGCAUCCCCGGCGCAGGAUGGGAAGCGGGGGUGCCGUUCAGCCCCGCUCCUCCCAGCGGGCUGUGCGCAGGGGGGCAGCCCCCCCAUUUGGGAUGCACCCCCACACACACACCUUAGCUCGGGGUGCAGCGCCCCCCGCCCAUCGCCAUCCCGGGAUGCAGCCCCGCAGAGGAUCUCUCCCCUCACAUCCCACGGGGCGGCCCCUCCGCCCCCAGACCCACCGAAAGAGGGUCCGAGCCGCCAGGGUUCGGCCGCUCGGGGGUGGGGAAGGAGGGGCUCCCUGGCUGUGAGCCUCCCGUCCCCCCCAGUCCCUGCUCACGGGGUGAAGCCCCCUCGCCUGCACCCACGCCAUCCCACCCGGAUGCUUGCCGUGGAGGGGGGUCUCUCUGUCGCGACACGGCGACAGGACAGCCCUCCGAGCCCUGUCCUCCCCCAGCCGAGCAGGUAAGGAAAAGGCUGUUAAGGCCAGGAGACACCGUCACAUCACCUCGCUGACCUCCCACCUUACAGGGCUCUACACCCUCAUCCUGAGGCAUUGGCCAAAUGACUUGUGUUCGGGUAAAACGAGGCUGCCAGGAAGACUCCUGGUCCUGAGGGUUCGAUGGAAUCAUGGGAUGGUUUGGGUUAGAAGAGACCUCAAACCCAUCCAGUUCCAACACCUCCCACUGGAUCGGGGGCUCCAAGCUCCAUCCAACCUGGCCUGGAACCCCUCCAGGGAUGGGGCAGCCACCCCUGCUCUGGGCAACCGGGGUCUGAGCCUCCCCACCCUCACAGCAAAACGUUUCUCCCCAAGGUCUCAUCUCAAUUUCUCCUCUUUCAGCUGAAAAGAGAUGGCGAUUUUGAUCCUGUCCUGGAAAGCUGGUUGUGCAGUUCCAUCCCUGGUUGAAGGCAGGUGUCAUGCCUGGAGUCAGCAGAGAUGGGGCCUGGCUCUGGGGGCGCGUCCAGCACCCCUCCUGCCAACACCUGAGUUCCAGCAAGGAAGAAACCCAGCACCUUCAGUUGGGUUGGCCAACAUGACGUACCAUUGCACACCGGUGACCAAAGCGCCUAAUCCCAUCUGAUAAAGAAAUAAUUGACCAACACCUCCACCCAACCAAGCCAGCACCCAACAGGAGAAGGUUGAUGUUCCUUAUUUGGAAGGUCUGGGCCCCAUCGAGUGGGACAGAAUCAUAGGAUGUCCUGAGUUGGAAGGGACCCAGCAGGACACCGAGCCCUGCUCCUGAACGCACGGUGCGAGGAUGCUUGGAUGCAGGUGGUCGGGGUGCUGUGGGUUCAGCAUUUGCGGCAGCAGAAUGCGUUGCACCUUUUGGUCGCCUAGGGCUUAACCGAAUUUGUUAUUCUAGUAAAUGGUUGCUGCUCUCUGUCCUGGGUGGGCGCUGCUGGUGGGCGCUCACAGCGGGGCGAGGACAACCCCGCUUCGAAGGAACAGCCUCCAGGUGGGGCAGUUGGGCGGAGCCGGGCAGAAGCUGGGGAGCGGGUGUGGGGUCUCCAGCAUCCCCCGGGCCAACCCGCCCGGCUCUGGGCAGGGUCCCCCAGGGGCGCGCCGCCCCCCCGCCGCGCCCGGCACCGGUCCGGCCCCUCGCUCUGAGCCGCAUCCUGCCCCGUCUCUCUCGUUUCAUUACCCCAAAUCCCAGAGAAACCACCCGGCAGGAUCAAUCAGUCGCAGGCAGCCAGACAGUUUCCUUGUACUUUAUUAAAGUGUAAUCAAACAUCGGUUAAGUGGAAAAUAAAUAUCCAGAUCUAAUAAGCUGCUCAGUCAGAUCGUGUAAAUGCAAAUUACAAGCUGGUUCCCAUCUCCCCGCCAGGGGACUGAACAAGCCACAGCAAUUGCUUCAUCCACAGCGAUUGUAAAUCAACUAAAAUAAUGGCUGGAUAAUGACCAGUUUGCGGUUUCAAGCAGAUUGAAUGAUAACAAACUGCGUGUGUCGCACCAGCUUUUCAUUUAGCAUCUCAUCAUGGAGCGAGCAGCUCGCCUAACAGCUUGGCCGCCUCAUUAGGUUGUUGUCUGCGGUUUGUAAAUUCGGGCUGCAGCCGGCAGAUUACCUGACAGAGCUGCUGAGGGGGGACGGCAGACAAUUCAAUCCGGCCCUUCCGCGCCUCCCCGCGAGGGGGGAACGCGCGGAUCCCGCGCUGAGGCGGAUCGAGAGCGAGAUGAUGCUCCCCGGUGGGCGCUGCGAGCGCAUCCUCCCAGCCCCGCGCGAUGCUGCGGG